AUGCCAUCCGGACUGAGGAAGACCCAGAAACUCCAGGGUCACAUGAGCCAUGGUCACAGCUGCAUCGGUAAACACCGCAAGCAGCCAGGAGGUUGUGGGAAUGCUGGAGGCGCGCAUCACCGCAGGAUCAACUUCAGCAAAUAUCACCCAGGUUACUUUGGGAAAGUUGGUAUGAGACAUUAUCAUUUAAAGUGGAACCAGAGCUUCUACCCGACUGUCAACCUGGAUAAAUUGUGGACACUGGUCAGCGAGCAGACACGGGUCAACGCUGCAAAGAACAAAACUGGGGUUUUGUUUCCCAUCAUUGAUGUUGCACGAUCAGGUUAUUACAAAGUUCUGGGGAAGGAAAAACUUCCUAGGCAGCCUGUCACCGUGAAAGCCGAAUUUCUCAGCAGAAGAGCUGAAGAGAAGAUAAAAGGUGUUGGAGGUGCCUGUGUCCUGGUGGCUUGA